GGGGUAGAUGCUGACGGCCUAGGCCCGGCCGAGGCGGCCCGGAGCUGGGCAGCACGCUGUUUUUGUACGGGUGUCUGUGUGUCGGUGAGCGCAGCGUGGAGCUCGGUUGUACGUGCGUCUGUUGUGUGUGCGCGUUUGCGGCCUUCUUAAAGCCUGUCCCCAGAGUGAAGAACACACCAAAUCUAACAGGCAAAUGAAGUGGGGCUGAGAAGAUAUCUCUACUUGCUGGUUAUAAGAGAGUUUGCAAUGGCAAUGCUCUGGAAAUUCAUGAGAGUAGCCAAGUAUUCUAAAACGACAUUACCACCAAAAAUAAAAGUAAGAGGAAUUCCCACCCAUUCAAGGCAGUCUGUACCUUCAGAUUUUGCUGCCAGCGUACCCUGCUCAAAUACUGUGGAACUGUUUGGUAAAUCUUACCCUCAGGAUGACUACAGCAAUGUCACAGAGAAGAUUCUUUCCAAAGUGGGGAAGAACUUGCAUAACAAAAAGCAUCACCCUUUGUGGCUAAUCAAGGAGCAGGUGAAGGAGCACUUUUACAAGCAAUACACAGGACGCCGUGGGAAUCCGCUCUUUUCUGUCUAUGAUGGUCUUUCUCCAGUGGUUACAGUGCAGCAGAAUUUUGAUAAGUUACUUGUCCCACGGGACCAUGUCAGCAGAAGAAAGGAGGAUAACUAUUACUUGAAUCGCAGUCACAUGUUAAGAGCACACACAUCGGCUCACCAGUGGGACUUGAUACACUCUGGUCUAGAUGCCUUUCUGGCGGUGGGAGAUGUUUACCGCCGUGAUACAAUUGACAGCACCCACUACCCAGUCUUUCAUCAGAUGGAAGGAGUUCGGCUCUUCUCCUGUCACGAGUUAUUCUCCAAUAUUAAAGAUGGUGAAAGCUUCCAGUUGUUUGAGCAAGGGCAUCGCACUGCGCACAAACAAGAAUGUCACACCAUGGAGGCAGUGAGGCUGGUGGAGUUCAAUCUGAAACAAGUGCUCACAAAGCUCAUGACUCACAUCUUUGGUGAUGGACUUCAAGUCAGAUGGGUAGACUGCUACUUCCCAUUUACUCACCCUUCCUUUGAGAUGGAGAUCAACUUCCAAGGAGAAUGGCUGGAGGUCCUGGGCUGUGGCGUCAUGGAACAACAGCUGGUUAACUCAGCUGGUGCUCAGGAUAAAAUUGGCUGGGCUUUUGGCUUGGGCUUAGAGAGGCUGGCCAUGAUCCUGUAUGAUAUCCCCGAUAUCAGACUGUUCUGGAGUGAAGAUGAACGCUUCUUGAAGCAAUUUAUUGUGCCUCAUAUUUCCCAAAAAAUAAAAUUCCAGCCGCUCAGCAGAUACCCACCUUUGAUCAAUGACAUCUCCUUUUGGCUGCCUACUGAGACGUAUUCUAAGAAUGAUUUCUAUGACUUGGCCCGAAGUGUUGGUGGAGACCUGAUAGAAAAAGUUGUCCUACUGGAUGAAUAUACCCAUCCAAAUCAUUCUAGCAGCUCACAGAGUUGCAGGAUGCAUGAUGGUUAAUUUCUAGCUGAAGCAAAGAAGUUCAUAUGUGGAAGAAGUUGAAGCAAACAGGUUCUCCUGUUUCUAGUGAUGUUCUACUUGUGAAGAUCCAAAAGCCCAAGUGACCUUAUCCACAUAAGCUAGCUGAAGACUCAGAAUGAUUCAGAAUAUCAUAGCGCUUCUUUCAAGACUUUUCAAGUCUUUGAACUUACAGUUAUGUUUCUGAGUUUGACAGUGUGCUCACAGGGUGAAAUUUCUUGACAAAAAACACAGUUCUGCCACAGUUGAAUUUUACGUGGAGCACUGGCUCUGGCCAGUGAAAGGCAUGGAAAGGUCAGGAAAGCAAAGACGAAAAAUGUAGACAAGGAAAAAGCACCAUAAUUAAAACAGGCUGAUAUCUUCAUAGAUGACUACCAACAUUUCUGGAAAACUGAAUUAAGAGGCUAUAAAGGGCCACAAUUCUCAGAAGUUUGUGUUUAGCACUUCUGCAAAUAACACCUAUUUCAUAUUUCUGAAACUUAGACCAAAAAAGAAUUCACUAAACACUUUAUUUUUCAACCUUCUCUGAGAGAUUUUAAAAAGUGUGCAAGAGAAAUAGGUGCAACCACAACUCCUGCAUGCUAUUUUGCUACUGUAGUUAGAUUUUCAAAUGUGUUCAGAGUGCCAACACUUUCCCUGAAGGGGAGGUGCCUACCCAGGUAUUCCCUUGCAUCAUGUGCCUCUCCGAUGGAGGGACCUGUAGCUGGUGAGCAGUCUCAUCAAGCAGAGUGUUGCACACCAAGAAUGUGCUCUUUCUCAAAGGAUAUAAAUCUUGGUCCUUAAAUCAAGAGUUCUGUUACAGAUUUUGGUGUGACAGUGCUUUACUCCAGAAACCUGAAAGUUGCUGUGUCUGGAGAUUAUAGCAGCUUCAAAUUAACAUGUGUUUGUUUCUGAUUCCCCUUUCAUUUAAUGAUAAUUUUUGGCAGGGAUUCUCUUUCUAAAAUAAAAAUAGAUCUGCUUUGACUUGCAAAUUCAAACUAAUUGGACUAACUUUUUAGUCUUGCUAUGGAGAAUUUCUACUGUUUGCUUUUCCUUAUUGUAAUUACCGAAUGAAAAGAAGCAUCGUCAACAAAAGGUUAUGUAAGCACCUAUUUUAUGAUAACCAAGUAGCCAAAGCAGUGGAAAGUUUGAUUGAAUAAGAGCUAAAAUUCAUGAUUGCUUGGGAUAUCAGAUGAAGGAAAUGCUGUUAAAUGGUUCUGAAGAACACUUGCUUGUUGUUGUGUUUGCAUAGCAGACUGCCAAUGGAGUGCAGCAGCACCUUAGAGAGAUGCUACCAUCAUGACUGAUUGCAGUUUUAACUGAAAAACUGUGUUCUCAACUCAAAGCUUACAUAUACUUUAUUAAUUUCAUUAGCAAACUUCCUUGAUAAUCAGGUCACGCAUAUACUUAAGUAAAGGCUUUCAAAGCUCAAUAGCAAAGAGAAAAAUAUCAUAUAGAUAGGGAAUAAGAUCUUUUAAAGUAAAUGAAAAAGUCUUAUGUAAAUCAUCAUCUGUGCUACAUCUCUGUUCCAAUAUAUUGAUUUGUCCCAACACCUUCCACCACUUACAGAUUCCGGUGCUGUAACACAUGAUUACUACAGUAAGUAAAAUUGAAAAUAAAAUAUGCUGUCAGCAAGACACUUCCAAGUGAUUAGUGGAGAGGUCUGUAAUUUCUCUGUAGCUCUUAACUGCAUUUUCUUCACAAGGAUGUUUGGCACAAGGUGAGCUUACUGAGUGUCAUCCCAAAAAGUUGUUUUGAAAAUGCAGUCUGAAAUUGUCAGUAAUUGAUUUUUUUCCUACUUGUAAGAAAGGAGCAAUUCUCAUGUUGUAGAAAGUCACAAUAUUAGUUGUUGAAGAAAGCUGUUCUUUGAGUCUCACUGAAACUGGAAGGUUGACAAAUACAAAAUAGGACUUCAACCCACUGGAAUCAGUAGAAAACAUCCCAUUGACUUCAGUGGUAUUAGGUUUGGGUCCUGUGUGUUUCCUUUGCUCAUUAAAAUCCAAUCUGUGUUCAGAUAACACAGUCAUUUCUUUUCCAGGAACUUGGCCCUUAUUGCCAGUGAAUUCAGUUCUCCACUGAGAAAUACGAUCGCUGCUGUUAGAAAUACAUUUGUUAUUCAGGAGGGACAUGAUGAUAUUUGUUCAGUAGGGUAAAGUGGUAGUUAAUAAAGAGAUUUGCAUUACAGUUGCAUUCAAAAGUCCUUCUGGUAUUCUGGUAUUUUUGGAACUUCAGAAGGCACAUAAACAUUGUGCUACACGUGCACCCACAUUUUUACUCAUUGUGAAAACUGAUCAUCUCUUACUGAAAAAUCAGCCAUUGCCAACUUUAAGGGCAAAUAAAAAUGCAGAUUCAUCUAUCACAUUUUCUCCUUUUGAAGCACCAGACCAGCCAACAAUGGAAUAUGAAAGAACAAAUAAGUUUAUAAAUAAAAAUGUGUUUUGCUUAGCUGUGUUUGCAGACAUGAUGCUGUCAAGUCUUGCAAGCAUGCAGCUGGGACAGAAAGGAGAUAAUAAAUAGCCACUGCUUUAACUCUGCAAAGUUGAACUUUCAGUUCCCAUUGCAAUCAUGCCAAGUUUGGCUAAGAAGGGGAUUACUUCACUUGUUGUUUGGUUUAUUGUCUACCUUUCUCAAGCAGUUGUGUGUGCUGUCAGG